GCUUUUUGCGACUCUAGCCACGGUCCUGCCCCCUUCCCGCCCCCUCGUCCCCCUCAACUCCCUUCACCUGGGAGCUGCCGAACAUCUACAUCAACCUGGGCCCGACGAGGGGUUAAAAUUCUACCAGUAAGGCGCCUGUUGAGCUCUGCUCACAACCGUAAAACUCAGUGUGUUCUACACUUUUGUCUGAGAAAAAAGAUAUUUUGUAGGAAGAUGGUGGCAGAAAAAGAGACUCUGAGCUUAAGCAAAUGCCCUGACAAGCUGCCGAAGAGGACCAAGCUACUGCCACAACAGCCGCUCCCGGUGCACCAGCCUCACGCCCUGGUGUCUGAGGGCUUCACGGUCAAAGCCAUGAUGAAAAACUCAGUCGUGAGAGGCCCUCCAACUGCUGGGGCAUUUAAAGAACGACCAACCAAGCCCACAGCGUUCAGAAAAUUUUAUGAGCGAGGAGACUUCCCGAUUGCCCUUGAGCAUGACUCGAAAGGAAACAAAAUAGCCUGGAAGGUAGAAAUUGAGAAGCUGGAUUAUCAUCAUUAUCUGCCUCUGUUUUUUGAUGGGCUUUGUGAAAUGACAUUUCCCUAUGAGUUUUUUGCUCGGCAAGGAAUCCACGACAUGCUGGAACACGGGGGGAACAAGAUUCUACCUGUCAUUCCACAGCUCAUUAUCCCGAUAAAAAAUGCCUUGAACCUCCGAAACAGACAGGUCAUCUGCGUCACACUCAAAGUCCUCCAGCAUCUGGUGGUGUCGGCUGAGAUGGUGGGUGAGGCCCUGGUGCCCUACUACCGUCAGAUCCUCCCCAUCAUGAACAUCUUCAAGAACAUGAAUGUUAACUCCGGAGACGGCAUCGACUAUGGCCAGCAGAAGAGGGAGAACAUCGGAGACCUGAUCCAGGAGACGCUGGAGGCUUUCGAGCGCUAUGGAGGCGAGGAUGCCUUCAUCAACAUCAAGUACAUGGUCCCGACCUACGAGUCAUGCUUGCUGAACUAACGCUGGGCGCAGCUGGGCCGGGGAAGGCAGUCCCUGGUGCCGUGGUCAUGGGCCUCCUUCACUGGUGACUUCUACAGCUUUCUUUUUCCAGCUGCUAGAGUAGUGGCUUAUGGGCCCUUGGAUUGUUGGUCCUGUUGAGAGCAAAGCUUUCCAAUACAUAAACAGUGCCUGUUUCUUGGA